AUGCAAAAUAAGUCUUGGGCCCUGCCUAUCAAACAAGUUCCUGUUGUGGAGAAGCUUGACCGGUCUAUUGUGUGGAACAAUGUUCGCUUAUGCUAUGAGCAAAAGCUUUUCGGUCAGAUCUCGUGCAUUCGGUACAACAAUGCUGGGACGGUCGUUGGUUGUGCCUCUACAAACCAGCUCUCCCUUUUACGAGUACCCCAGACAGAGGGCGUGAUUACUAACGAACAGCGCGAGAGGAAAUGUUUCUCGCUUCGGUUCAGGGAUGACGACAAAAUGACUAUUAUGUCUGUUGACCAACGUGUUGUUAUUCGGUCAACCGAAACGCUGUUCGAACGGCAGUUUCCUGGCCAUGUUAGGGAGGUACGAGACGCUCUUUUUCUUGAUCGCCGCAGCUUUGUGUCUGGAAGUGAUGACACAACUAUAAAACUCUGGGAUGUUAUGGGCGAGUGUGAACUAGCUGUGGGAAAAGCUCACACCGACUACGUGCGUUGUCUCGAAAACCGCUCACCAGGCUGCUUCUUCAGUGGCUCUUAUGACCACGUUAUCAACUUGUGGGACACACGGGCUGGGUUUUCGUGCCCGACUCAGACAAGCGGCCAAGCAGUUCCGAACCCUGUCGAGUCAUUACUUUGCUUGGACACCAACCUACUGGUUUGUGGCGCGUCCGACCAAAUAAUACUAUUCGAUAUCCGAAAAGGUCUUUCGUUGCCUCUUACUCAGGAUUCUUACCAUACAAAGACCGUGGUUGCGCUUGGCUACUCCAAAAAAUACAACGUGCUUCUCAGUGGGUCACUCGAUCAACGAGUGAAAAUAUUUUCCCUAGAGAGAGGAUGCCCGGACCCUGUUGCCAGUAAAAAGUUUGACGCUCCGGUAACCGCGGUGGCGGUUCACCCUCGUUCGUCCGAAUUUGCUGUGGGCACGGCGAGCGGCGACCUUCGUAUCAUGAAACUGGGAAGCGCUUCUGAUGGAGACGAGAUGGGUGGUGGGAAAGACGAGGAAAGUAGGGGGCGCCAAAAAGAUGAGGAGCUCAUAGCUAUGAAAGUAAAUGAUGUGCGUCGUCAGCUUGUAUCCUAUCAGUACAACCGGGCAUUGAAGACUGCGCUUUACUCUCGUCAUGCCGACGUCGUGGUUUCCACUCUUGAAGAACUUCUUCGCCGCGGGGCGUUGCACGUGGCAUUGAGUGGUCAAAAUGAUAGGACGAUAGCGCGCAUCCUUCGUUUUGCGCUCGGUUUUAUUGACACCCCACAAUUCUGUGAGUCAAUGAUGGUCGUGUUGGACACGAUCUUCGAUAUCUAUGGAACGUGCGUGGGCAAAAGUAUAUUUUUGCAUAGGGAACUGAUGAAGGCCCAUCGCCGGCUCGGCAGUGUCCUUGCAAACCUCCAAAGAAUGGCGGGCACACUGAGUAUAAUGGAGUUAAUAGUAAAUGACGUAUAA